AAUACUGCGGAUUGAUAGUCACUCGAUUAUAGCUGUCUGGUUUUUCCGUAUUUGGUCUGGGUAGAACAAAGCAGCAAAAAAACCAUGAAAGUGGUCGAAGUUCUGAGCAUAGCACCGAGCUCUGAAUCAAAAGAGCUACCGACAGAGGCAUCUUUCGCCCUCACCUUCUUCGACAUAUUAUGGCUAAGGUUACCCCCUGUUCAACGUGUCUUCUUCUACGAAUUUCAUCAUCCGACUGAUGUUUUUUUUGAUACCCUUCUUCCCAAACUCAAACGCUCUCUCUCUCUUGCACUUGGCCACUUUUUCCCUCUUGCUGGACACCUCACUUGGCCCACUCAUUCCACCAAACCCCUCAUCGUUUACAACCAAGGUGAUACUCUUUCAUUCACUGUAGCUGAAUCUGACGCCGAUUUCAACCAUCUUGCAGGCACAGAUUUCACCGAAGCUACAGAAACUCACCCUUUUGUACCUCCCUUGAACAUAUCCCACGAACAAACUACGCUUUUUGCCCUGCAAGUUACUCUCUUUCCGAACGCUGGAUUUGCCAUUGGAAUAACCUCCCACCAUGCUGUUCUUGAUGGCAAAGCUUCAACAACAUUUGUCAAAUCGUGGGCAUAUCUCUGCAGAGAAGCACAACCACCCUUUUCUUUGCCAGCGGAAUGGACUCCUUUCUUUGAUAGGGAAAUAGUGAACGACCCCAAAAAAAUAGGAGAAAAGUAUUCCCUUGAUUGGUUAAAGAUGGGUGGACCCAACAACAGAAGCCUCAAGGUUAGCGAGAUGCCUGUUCCAGAAGAAGCGACCAGAGGCUUGUUUCAUUUGUCUAGCUCAGGUAUUGAAAAGCUGAAGCAGAUUGUGCAGAGUAAAGAGAAUAACACGAACCUUCACUUGUCAACUUUUGUGCUAGCUGCCGCCUAUUCGAUGGUAUGCAGAGUGAAAGCAGAAGGUGGCCAAAGUACAAGUACUGGUUUCGGUCUGAAUGUUGAUUGCAGGCGUCAGAUGGAGCCGCCUGUUCCUCCAACGUAUUUAGGGAACUGUGUUGGUAUCACAGUCGCAAUUACUGAAACAAAAGACUUGUUGGGGGAGGAUGGACUUAUCGUGGCUGUGAAAGCACUGAGUGAAGCUUUGGGAACAUUGAAGAAGGAAGGUUUUCUGCAUGAAGCAGAAGACUGGUGGAAGAUGGUGUAUGAAAGUUACAAAGUCGGUGACACAAAAACAGCUGCUUUUGCAGGGUCACCGAGGUUUGAAAUUUACAGUAGUGAUUUUGGUUGGGGAAAACCAACGAAGGUGGAGAUGGUGUCUAUUGACAGAACUGCAGCGUUUUGUUUUUCAGAUAGCAGAACAGGUGACGGAAUUGAAAUAGGUUUCGUGACCAAGAAAAAAGCUAUGGAGACCUUUGCUUCUCUCUUUGAAGAAGGCCUUCAAUCUUGAGUCCCUAUCCAACCAGUUUGGGUAGAUCUUGUGCUUUUCGGGAAUAAGACUCUCUAUCAUUUGGUAGCUUAUUGUCAUCUGAAAUGUUGUGUCGGUUUGCAAUGAUAAAAUAAAUCAUUUGACAGCCAUGUAUUAGCGGCAUAGGUAUUGAUUAUCCCCAUGUUUGGGUAGAUAAUUUCUCUUUUCAGGAAUAAAAGUCUGGCAAAACUUUUUAUCUCUUA